GUUUCCAUGGCAAUUUUCAUGGUAAACAAACAGCACCGGGUUUGAUGUUGAAACCAAGAACCCCAAAUCAUAUUAUUACAUCCAGUACGCAGAAAUUUUCAGUUUAGUUAUGUUUACAAACAAAAAACAAUUUAAAACUGGAGUUUAUCGCACCAAAGGUUCUAUCUCGAACUUUCGUUGCAGAUUAACCAUUCGUAAGAUCCAUUCCUUAAUAGAUGUACCAAAUCUAGAGGGUCUUGACAAAAGCCUCGAUGCUACCGAUUUGCCUGAAAAUGGUUCAUAUGAGACACGAAUCAUUUCGUGGCAGGAGAAAAUUUUUAGCCAAUACGAAAAAGAUUAUUAUCGCAUAAAAGAGAACUGCAAAACGGACCAUCAAAAAAAGUAUUACCAAAUGCUGAAAGCAGAACCACACGAGCCUCAACUUCUGUUCACGUAUGUUGAUGCAGACAAUUAUUAUCCAGAUGAACAGAAUAACGCCCCUCAGCUGCAAUUGUCUAAGCUUAUGCAAAAUAAAACCCAAUCAUUUCAUCUUAUGGCUGAUUUAGGGCGCGAAGUGCUACUGUAUACACUGACUUGGAACCCGGAAGAAGGCAUAAUGACAGUAUUCCCCGAUUUCAAUAACAUUACCACCAACCCUUUGUAUCAGGAAAUGCGUGAAUCCAAUCUUCAUAUGUAUCACUACGCUCUGGAGAGGUAUUUUGUCGAAAAACCAUUUACGCCAGUCAUUAAGAAUCAUGUGGCAUGUAUAGGAAAGAGUAACAUUUUAAUGUUCCCCACGAUGGUUCGUAAAGAUCGGUUUGAAAUCCCGAAACAGCUUCAUCGAAAUUUACUCAUUUUGCUCGAGAUAGUUCGAGCUACAAAUUUUGACUACGACGGGAUUCAUAUACGUUAUCGAAUCAAUCUUCCUGUCGACAUAAAAAUGGCUAAUAAGAAUAGUGAGCUUACAGGGAGUACUCAUGCUUCCAAGCAGCUGAAUGGUUUUUGGCAUUUUGGGCAUUGCCACGAGCUUCUCCUAAAUGUUCCAAUCACAAGCGAGGUACAACUAUCCGUGGACGUUUACUUUGAAGCUAUUUCCAUCGACAGCUGGUGUCGGGAACGCUACCUAGGUCAUGCUCACCUUUCCAUACCAUUAAGAUCACAAAUCAACGAAACUACGAUCAACUUCAUGCAAUUAACUAACGUGGGCAGUAUGGCUGACCGCAUGGAAGUUUUCCUUGUGGGUAAUCGUCGACAAGUUGAUUUACCAGCGUUUUAUGGCAUGACUGGAGCAACCAUAAUUAACCGGUAUGCUAACGAGUCGAGUUCGUCCGGGCGGCUGCAAAUUCAAUUCCAAACUGUACAGCAGCACUUACCAAAAAUUCUCAACGAAGGAUACUUUAAAAUUGCAAAAAAAACGAAAAACAUCACCCUGAAGGAGCUUAUCACGUCUUACAACGCCGCCAGGGAACGGCUAGAGGAAUUUGUAGAUUUGCAGUAUUAGCUCUUUUUCAAGAUAGCCAAUUGUUUUGUCUGAUGCGUUAGAGGUAUCAUUACCAAUAAAAACUUACUCUGCGGGAAAAUA